CUUAGGCCUUAGUCCCGGUAAACACAGGAGAACAAGUUGUGCGCCUUCUUCAACAUGCCCUAUCAACGAGCGUGCAACCAAGCAUGUGCAAUCAUGACCUGGCCUUUGUCACUCUGGAUCCUGGGCAAAUGGCAUUGUGGCUCCUUGGAUUUGCCUUGGACAAUAUUUAAGUCUCUGUCGACCAUUAUUUUUCUUGUAACCGCUCUCUUCUCAACGAGCCAGCCCCUUUCGAAUCCUCGCAACUCUUGUAUUCUUCAACUUUCUACCUGGACAGAUUCUUGGCAACAUGCAAUUCGUAGCACCCGCCGCGGCUCAGCACGCAGAAGCGCCUGGCCUGACAAAUGACACACCCUUCAGCAUCAUAAAUCGGGCUACUAGUAACAAACUCCAGCAUGUACGCAAGAGUCCAAUUGAUACCUUGCCUGAUGAGAUCAUUCUGCACAUAUUCAAGUUGGGUGUCUUGUCGCAACUCUCAAAAACGUAUCGAUUUUGCUGUCUUAGUUUCGCAUGUCUCUAGCACAUGGCGUAACCUCGCCUUCAGCUGCUCCUCGCUGUGGGCGGACAUCACCAUCACGGCCGAUAACAUGCAUAAAGUCGAUGGAGAGCUCGCUAUCGUUAAUGCAUCUCUUCUUCGUGCAAAGGAGUUCGCCUCGCGUUCUAGAGUCUUUUCGUUAUUUGUCCGACUCAAACUUUUCACAACGCCCAACUUGGAUUUCGAAUAUUUUCGACUGGGCACGAUUAUGACAAUGAACUGGCUCCGCCUAGUGCUACCGCGCGUCAAAUAUCUCUCAAUACACUGCGAUACUCUCCAAGUUGCGUGGCUCGUCACGAAGUGUUUACAUACAGCUCCCAUGGAGACUCUGGAGACCUGCAAAAUGAAGUAUGGCACUACAAUCCUAUCCUUUUGCCAUUCAAUUAUACCACCACCCGUGCGCUUUCUUUUUCUGGCUGGCCAAAACGAAGAACAGGCAGCGGACAAUUUCUUUCCAAAGUUGACACGUGUUAAAGCGUCUGGGUUCCCAGUGUCGUGGUCUCAGUGGUCUUUAACGCGGCUGACAUCCCUAUCGAUUAAUUUCAUGACCUUGCAUGACCGGCCUUUGAUGGACGUGCUGAAAUAUAUCCUUACAAUCAACAGAGAGACUCUGGAAAAGUUCGAGAUCCAAGGUGCCAUUCGGCAGUUUGGGACGCUGCUCCGUAACGCGAACGAAUUGCCGACGAACUUGCCAAGGCUCGCAGACCUCACACUCGGCUAUCUAUCCCAGUGGGAAGCUAUAAUUUUUUUCCUUCACUUCGAGACACCUGCGCUGAAGCACCUCAAGCUAUGUGACAUCUCUCGCUCAAUUCUCGCUCAGCACUAGUCCCAGGACUUCAAAGACGGCUUCGACUUGAGCAAUCCGUUCUUCCAGAAUACGACUGCUCUUCAGCCAUUUAACAACUUUUCUUCUACGAUCCUUCUCGAAAAUCUGGUUUAUGGCUGGCGCUCGCU